AAUGAGUGAGUGAAGAGAGAACAGGAGGUUGUGCGCGAGCCAGACCUGGGAAAGCGACACCCUACAGCUUUCCUUUAGCCUCCGUUUGCUUCAUUGGCUGCUAUUUUAUUCUUUUUUUUUUUUUUUUUAUAAAUAUAAUCCUUUGGAGUGUUUGGUUGGAUUUCUUUCGCAAAGAAGAAAACAAUCUGAAGAUUUUAGGGGAAAGAAAAUCAGUUCGUCGCCUCAAUUUCAAACAUCCGCGAAGGCUAGCUCGCGCUAUCGGCUAGCUCACCAAACCGAAACAUUAAGCUAAGCUAAUAUAAGCCAAGUUAAAUAUUCGUGGGUUUUUUUUCUCCAUAUCGUUCUAUUUUUCCUUUUCGUUUCUUCCCUAAGACGCCCGUUUUUCUUCAUAGUGAAAUCGCUAUACUUAAAAAAAAAAAAAAAAAAAAAAAGUCGACUGCUUAUAGAAUUAUCGAUAUAGUUUUGUCUCGCGCACAGAUUUUUAACGGGUCUGAUUCGUAUUUAAAAAGCUAGCACGCGCUCGGUACAGCUGCGCCGCAUUGCUCUGAGAAUAAAAACAACAAAAUCCAUACAACAACGUGUUUGAUAGCGUCUUGAGAAAAGGGUGUAGUUAUAAAAAUGGCCGGUGUGAACAGUGUAGAAGCGGUGAAGCGCAAGAUUAAAGUUCUUCAGCAACAGGCGGAUGAAGCCGAGGAGAGAGCCGAGGUCCUGCAGAGACAGCUCGAGGAGGAAAAACGCUCCAGGGAACAGGCCGAGGCGAACGUUGCUUCUCUGAACAGGCGCAUCCAGCUGGUGGAAGAGGAACUGGAUCGUGCUCAGGAGAGGCUCACCACAGCUUUGCAGAAACUGGAGGAGGCAGAGAAGGCUGCAGAUGAGAGCGAGAGGGGUAUGAAAGUGAUUGAGAACAGGGCUCUAAAGGAUGAAGAGAAGAUGGAGCUGCAGGAGAUCCAGCUGAAGGAGGCCAAGCACAUUGCAGAGGAAGCUGACCGCAAAUACGAGGAGGUGGCUCGUAAGCUUGUCAUCAUUGAGGGUGAUUUGGAGCGCACAGAGGAGCGAGCAGAAGUUGCUGAGGCCAAUAGACGCCGAUUGGAGGAGCUGCUGAGGGGUUACGACCAAACGCUGAAGAGUCUGCAGGCAGCUGAAGACAAGUAUUCCCAGAAAGAGGACAAGUACGAGGAAGAGAUCAAGAUUCUCACGGAUAAGCUGAAGGAGGCUGAGACCCGUGCCGAGUUCGGCGAAAGAUCAGUGACCAAACUUGAGAAGACGAUCGAUGAUUUGGAAGAGAGGCUCGCUGUCGCUAAAGAGGAGAACGUCAAGAUCCACGCCACUCUGGAUGCCACCCUGCUGGAUCUCAACAACUUCUAAACAUCUGCACCCUCCUCUUUUUCCUUCCUUACCUCCCCCACCCCCACCCUUUCUACCCACUUUACCCCCUUCAAUUAUUGCUGGGUGGCUGAACAAGGGCAAGUUCCUUUUUUGUUGUAGGUAGCACUUUAGCUUCAUUCCUCACUUUCCAGCUUCAGCCCUCAGUUUAUGCCUGGUUUCCCCUUUUUUUUUUUUUUUUUUUUUUUUCCCCUGUUAUGUAUUUAGCUUUGUUCUUCUUUCUUACUAUUUUUGUGUAGACUCUCCCCUUUUCUUUAAAUGGGACUGCAUAUGAUAUGGCACCAGUGUCUGCAAUUCAAAAUAUUCCUGAUUUGAUCGAUUCAUUCUGUAAUUAUAUAUGAUUAGGUAAUGAGAGAACACAACACACAGUGUAAAGAAUUGGAAAGGUUGCAGUGUGAAAAUAUGACUCUCCUUCUUAAAUUACUCUCCUGAACCCUUUUUGCUUUCCCCCCUGCCCCAUUCGUUUUAACACUUGAGCAUUAUUCAUUCUAACACAUAUUUGUAUUUUACUGUGCCAGUGCCAUGCAGGACCCUUAUAUUAUUAUAUUGUACUCUUAGCCAUGCGUUUUGCUUAGUAAAGAGUUAAGACCCAUUUACUAAUCAUGCUGAAUCAUCUGUCAAAUUUGUUUCCUCUUUUCUUGUUGUUCUGCAAACAAAACAAAAAUGUGACCAACGGUUUGGAAUUCAACCUUUCCAUUUCUUAGGUGUAGAGCAGCAAACACUAGGCAUCAUAUUGGAGUUUGGUCUGAGGUGAGAAAAACGCAGUUAAACCAGCCUUUGUCCUUUUUUUUUUUUUUUCUCAGCAAAGGCUCGUUCAUCUUUUCCUAUUAAGGUCAUGACCAAGUUAGAGGCGGAGACACGGGACAUCAUUUCCACUGCCAAGAUCAAGGUGAAAGGGUCAAUUAGAGAGGGUGAGAGUGAAUAGUUCAAGGUAUUAUCUCUCUUUGUGUACUGUCUAUUCAGUGUACACUUGUAGAGUGAAAUUAAGUACUUCAAAGCACCAAGAACCUUUUUAACUGGAAGUUCAAGAUGUAAACAUUUUGCUAUCAGUGUUUCAUUGUAAUAAUGACAAGAUCAAAAUUUGAAUUUUUUUUUUUUAAAUAAAGUACUAUAACACUUAA